AUGUCCGAAUUCGUGAGUGACCAGGAGUACAUACUCGGACAGGAAUCGCCACACACGGACGAUAAGACAGACAGCAAGAUGAAGGGCGAGACUCGCAACUCCUAUCAACAUAGACCGGUAAGUAUAUGGGAAUCUCCCGGAAGUGACAGCGAUGAAUAUAUUCACCAGACUAAGAUCAGACAUCAAUCAAACACCAAGCAGGCCCCUCCCCGCCGUGUACAGCAACCACCUUACCCCAGCGCGCGCUACGAGAGAUAUGAGGGAGAUCCGCCGACCCUACAGGAUCGCGAGAUGAAAGGUCGUGCGAUCCUCGUUAAGUUCUUCAAAGAUGACGAUCGCCUUUACAGGGGAGUGACCGUCUCCAUUAACGACCGUCAGUUCAAAUCCAUUGAAAGUCUGUAUGAAUAUCUCAACGUCAAAAUAGACACUAAAAAGGGUGUCCGGCACAUUUUCAAACUCAAAACGGAGACAGAAGUGAAGUCAGUCAAAGAGCUGGAGCGAGGGGAUAUCUGUAUUGUUUCAAGUGGCGCACGGUUCAAAAAAGAUGUAGUCAUGUGUAAUCUGUUGAUGGAGCAACCGAUCAGUCCUACAAAGAGUUUUAUUACCAACACUAACAGGUCGUCACGAGAGCAGGGCAGAUCUACACACGAGCGGUUCAACGACAGCAGCAACAGAACUCCAAACUCUACGGCGCCCAACAAACAAGUCACCUUCACCAUCAUCAGUAACACGGACCGAUACAGCAAGGAGAAAAUGAUCCUUAAUCCCAACACAACACAAAGCUUCGAACAAAUUCUCGACGACAUGGGGACCAUGCUCCAGCUGAAGUACCCGCCAGCAACCGGGAUCUUCUCCACCAGGAAACCCUUCCAACAGAUCUACAGUUUCUCCCAGCUGAACAGAGAGGUCAAGGUCAAUGGCAGUUUUUUCGUCUGUGGGAAAGAACGGUUCCCGGAAGAACUCGGGGUGACUGAUACAAACGAAGACAGCUUGUCAGAACCUGAACCGGAACCUGUCAGGAAAAGUAAGAAAGGGCCGCCGGUUAAUAAGAUAACACCAUUAAAGCGACGGAACGAGCCUUCCACCGAUGUAAAUCAGAAAGAAAACGUGAGUCCACCGCAACGUGGCAGAGCACGAAAUGACGUUAAGAAACCGAACAAGACGCCCAGAUACGAAACAGAGCCACGCCGAAAGCCGACAAAGGGGAACGAGACGUCACGUUACGAACAGAACCAAGAAUACAAUAACCAGUCCAGGUACGAAGACGAAGAACGCCAAAAACCAGUCAGAACAUCGCGGCAGCAAGAUCCACCAAGGAAAAUCAACAAAGCAUCGCCGCGAUACGAAGAAAGCGAGCAGCGGAAGCCCGGCAGAAACUUUGAACAACAGCAACAGCCAGAACGAGGACGACCGAAUGGGCACGCUAGAUUCGAGGAGGAAGAGGAAGAAGAAGACGUCUAUGAUCGGUCACCUGGCAAUGAUAUGAAGGACGACGACAUGGAAAGAGAACGGAACGGUGAAGCUAGCAGUGAGGAGGAGGAAGAGGACGACGAGGAUGAUAUUGGACCAUUUCCGCAAACGUCCCGAACCAGGAAGCCGGAGAGGAUGGUGACGCCUGAAUACUGA